UGUCUGUUUGCUGAUGAUACUGUCAUUUUUGGAAAGGCAACAGCAGAGGAGGCUUCGAUAAUCCUUGAUAUCAUCUCAGUUUAUGGUGCAAUCACAGGUCAAGAAGUGAAUUGAACAAAAUCGUCCAUCUUCUUUAGCCACAAUGUCCCUCAUGAAGAAAGAGAAGACAUCAUCAACACCAUUGGCUUUGUGCCCACGAACUGUCAUUCCACCUACCUGGGAGUCCCUACGAAGUGGGGAAGAUAAAAAAAGGAGACCUUCCUAUUACAAAGAAUGGAGAAGAAAGGGGAAGGGUGGAAGAGUCUUCUCCUCUCCCCGGGGGGGGGGGGGGGGGGAAGGAAAUUCUCAUCAAAGCCGUGUUUCAAGCAAUCCCCACGUACAUUAUGUGCCUUUUCCUACUUCUUGUUUCAACAACAAACAGAAUGGACUCAAUGCUCAGGAGGUUUUUCUGGUCAGGAUCCUUGACAAAGAAGUCAAUCCACUGGAUCAAAGGUAAAACCUUGUGUUGCCCAAAGGAUGAAGGGGGGAUUGGUAUCCGCUCGUUUAAGGAGUUCAACCUGGCCCUGCUUGCGAAACAGACUUGGUGUCUGCUGUCAUCGCCUUCCUCUCUUUGGGCACGACUCCUUAAGGGACUCUAUUUCCCCCGAAUGGAUCUUCUAUCAGCACGUAAAGGAUCACGUUCAUCUUGGAUUUGGUCGAGUCUGUGAGAAGCAAGGAAGCUUAUGAUCAAAGGGACCACUCGAGUCAUCGGUAAUGGACAUAACACUCGUGUGUACCAUGACCCUUGGAUCCCAAGUGUAUAGGAGGCAGAUUGGCUAACAAUGUGCAAGGAGAUACCACGGCUGCUGAAUGGAUGGACACCCAUUCUCGCACAUGGAAUAUGCAACAUAUCUCCUCGGUAGUGGAUCCGCAACAGGCGGACAUUAUUAAGAAUGUCCAUAUUGGCACUAAAAGCAGAGGAUUUUUGGGCAUGGAUGCCUCAUCCUUUGGGGACUUUUACAGUCAGUUCAGCUUACCACUUCUUCCAUGGUCUGAAGAGAAAUGAUGAUUUGGAUGGAACACCGGUCCCUCAAGACACCAAAGACAAAUGGAAGUGGAUGUGGAGGCUUAACAUCCCUCCAAAGUUGAAGUUCUUCAUUUGGAAAGCCACUAAGGGAGCCUUGGCAACAAACCGAAAGCUGCACAACAGAUAUUGAUCUUCAUCCCCUACUUGCCCGGUCUGGUGUAGUUCAGAAGAAUCUAUUCACCAUUUUCUUUUCCAAUGUGAUCAUGCUAAGAAAUCCUGGAUGCACUUGUUCCCAUCAUUACCCACCCCGCCACCACUUGUGAGCAUCCUUGAUUGGCUCUCCAGCAUUCAUUACUCGCAGCCGGGUGAAACGACCCCGAAGGUUAUCUACCUUUUGUGGCAGAUCUGGAAGACAAGAAAUGAGAAGGUCUUCAGAGCUUCAAGCCCAUGGCCACCGGCUACGUGCAGCAAGGCUAUAAACGACUUCACUGCUUGGAACUCUUGCCCAAAAGUUCCCCGUCAGCUACCUCCUCCCCCAAAUCAGCCUAGGGCUAUCCGAUCUCAUCUCCUUCCACCGCCGAGCAAUCCCAAUUUGGUGAUUCACUGUGAUGGGUUGUUCUUACAUGACUCCCAGAAGGCGACAUAUGGUAUCGUUGUUUUCGAUAGCCAUGGAGAUAUUUGUGAUGGGAAGGCUGAUACCAUCCUUUGUUCAUCUCCCAUUGAAGCAGAAGCUAAGGCUUUACUGGAAGCUGUUCGGUAUGCGCAGGAUAAAGCCACGCCGUGUUUGAUUCGUUGGACGGUCUUUCCCUGAUUCUUUCCCUUGCAUUUGACCCUCCUAAGUGGCCAUGGAGAGUUUAUGCUUGGCUAGGGAUUAUCCAAGACAUUCUAACGCGCAACGGUUUCAUCAAGGUUGCUUUCUUCGGACGCAAGCUUAACAAGAGAGCGGAUUGGGUGGCCAAAUCGCUUGCUAGGAAUUUACUCCCUCCAGAUUGGAUGACAAUUCUUAGUAUUAUUUCGCCUCUCUUGUAUCCUGAUACAUAGAGUAACUGUUGUCCCAUGGGAAAUGAAUUUGGAAGUUUUCUUGGUAAAAAAAACACGACGAGCACUUGUAUUAUUAGUAAAGAAAGAAUAUAAGAAGCUUUAAGGUUCCAUUAGAAACAAACCCAAAGCAGAGAAUGUAGGAGAUUGAAAGGGAAAAGGGGCCUUUGGGACUAUAUUCAUAAGCCCAAAAUAACGUUUAUACAAAGAGGAUUUUAUAGAUGGAAGUUACAUAAGAAAGCAAAAAAGAGAGAAUGUAGCAGUUGUUGCACUUUUACAUGAAUGACGAAGGAAAUGUAACAAUACAUCAAUUUGGGACAACAGAUAUGGCGCCGAAUCAAAAAGAACACCACAGUCAAAGGUAAAAGACUAAAUUUCAAGCACCCAAAAUACAGCUUUAUGUCUCUUGGAGACGGGGAACUUAAGAACUUUCUAACUUGAUCAAUUGAAGCUGAAUUGGCCCAGCAGAUUGACCAUUUAUUGUCGCCAUCCAAUGAAACAACAUGGCUCCUCCCUUCACGAUUAUAAGUACACAAAUCAGCACCCAGAACUGUCCUCAAUGUAGCAAAGUGCAACUAGAAAAAAAGAGGAACGAUCUUUCAUCAUGUGAGGAAGAAGAUGGGGGUACUCUAAUAUGCUACCCUACUUGAUGCAUGAGAAAGUCCACUUUCGCCUCUAUGACCAUCCUUGCAAGGACAACCAGAUCUGAUCGCUGCUCUAGCUUGACAGUGCCUAUCUACCAAGCUAACUAUCCUAACUUGUUGCAUAUCAUAGAGUAAAGAAUAGUAUAAGCCUUCUAAAGGAACCACCAGAUCAGAAAGCAAGAAGCAAAGUUGGACUUUUGUAAAGUUAUGGAAAAAAACAUUCACUUGGAUGCACAACAACAAACGGUGGGAAUUGAGCUUCUUGCCAGAACUUAUCACUUCACUGGGCAGCUCAAAAGCAUAUCCUGGAUAAUCUAUUUGAUGAUUAUUUGCUAGAGGCAACAACAGGAUCAGUUAUAUAAGGGUAGGAUUCGCCAACAAAAUAAAUGUAAGAAACACAAGGGGAUUAAGAAGCAAACCUCACAGGGGAUUCCAAUGACUCAUUCUCGAACUCCAAACCCUCGGUGUUACCCACACCAUCCUUAACAACAGCAUAUCAAUCAACUCCUCAUCAUUUGCCUUUUGUAAUUUUAAGACACAAAUGGAGUAACCUGAUGAGAGUAAGAGAAUAUGAACUCGAGUAAGAGAACAUGAACUGGAGUAACUCCAGCUGCACCUCAAUUAAAAUAAGACAAAUCAGCACCUCUAAUAUGAAUAUGAAUCUGAAGAGGAAAAAUUGAGAUGAUACAGACUGUUUUGUGUGAGGUUGGAGAUGGUGCGAUGGCGCCGAAGAGAUUCCAACUCCCUAGAAUCACCUCCCGAUCUCAACUUAAUCGAAGACAAAUCUGUCCAACCCCCUGGAAGGAGCACAGAGGAACCAACACAGCAAGAUGAGAGAAAUCAAAGAAAAGAGAAGCGAAAUAAUGAGAGGAAAAGAAAAUAAAAGGAGAAACAAUUA